AUGGCGACGAACCGAAAGCGUGAUUUCGAUUCUGCAUUUUCAGGGGAGAAGAAAAACAGGGCCCCGAACAGGCUUAUGGUGGACGAAGCCACCGGUGCGGUUGAUGACAACUCAGUUGUUGUUCUUCAUCGUGACACCAUGGAAAAGCUUCAGUUGUUUCAAGGCGAUACGGUCUUGAUACGAGGAAAGAAGAGAAGAGAAACUGUUUGCAUUGCCCUGUCUGUUAAUGAGAUUAAUCAAAGUGAUGAUUUGGGAAAGAUUAGAAUGAACAAGGUUGUAAGAGCGAAUCUCAGAGUCCGUCCGGGAGACAUCGUUUCCGUGUUUCCCUCGCCGGAUGUUAAGGACGCGAAACGUGUUCAUAUCCUCCCAAUUGAUGAUACUGUUGAAGGGAUUUCAGGGAAUUUGUUUGAUGCUUAUUUGAAGCCUUAUUUUUUUUCCAGGGAAGUGAUUUCUCGGCCUGUUAAAAAGGGAGAACUGUUUAUGGUCAGGGGUGGAAUGGGGAGGAAUGUUGAAUUCAAGGUUGUUGAAAUCGACCCUCCUGAAGAAUUUGCUUUUGUUACUGAUGCGACUGAGAUUUUCUGCGAAGGCGAGGCGAUUCGGAGGGAAGACGAGGAGAGAUUGGAUGGUGUAGGUUAUGAAGAUGUCGGAGGAGUUAGGAAACAGUUGUCUCAGAUUCGGGAGUCGGUGGAGUUGCCUUUGAGGCAUCCACAGCUUUUUAAAUCAAUUGGUGUGAAGCCUCCGAAAGGGAUUCUUCUCUAUGGUCCUCCUGGAACAGGGAAGACUCUGAUAGCCAGAGCUGUGGCUAAUGAAACUGGCGCUUUUUUCUUGGUUAUUAAUGGUCCUGAAAUCAUGUCCAAGAUGGCUGGAGAGAGCGAGAAGAAUCUUAGGGAAGCGUUUGAAGAAGCCGAAAAGAAUGCCCCCUCGAUCAUCUUCAUUGAUGAGAUUGAUUCGAUUGCACCCAAGAGGGAGAAAACCAAUGGAGAAGUUGAGAGGAGGAUUGUGUCGCAACUCUUGACACUUAUGGAUGGCCUUAAGUCGCGUGCCCAUGUUAUCGUUAUGGGCGCUACAAAUCGCCCAAACAGUAUUGAUCCUGCGCUCAGAAGGUUCGGGAGGUUUGACAAGGAGAUUGAUAUUGGUGUUCCGGAUGAAGUUGGGAGGCUUGAGGUACUUCAGAUUCAUACUAAGAAGAUGAAGCUUGAUCCGGAUGUGGAUUUGGAGAGAAUUCCCAAGGAAACUCACGGUUUUGUUGGUGCUGAUUUAGCAGCUUUGUGUACUGAGGCUGCACUCCAGUGUAUCAGGGAAAAGAUGGAUGUGAUUGAUGUUGAAGACGAAAAAAUUGAUGCGGAGGUUCUUAAUUCCAUGGCUGUCACCAAUGAGCACUUUCAAGCUGCAAUUGCGAUGACAAAUCCAUCAGCAUUGCGCGAAACUAAGGUGGAAGUUCCAAAUGUGAGCUGGAAGGAUAUUGGAGGCCUAGAGAAUGUGAAACGGGAACUUCAAGAGACUGUUCAAUAUCCAGUGGAGCAUCCUGAAAUGUUUGAGAAGUUUGGAAUGUCCCCAUCGAAGGGAGUUCUUUUCUACGGUCCACCUGGAUGUGGGAAAACUUUACUCGCCAAGGCAAUCGCCAACGAAUGCCAGGCAAACUUCAUUAGCGUCAAGGGUCCCGAAUUGCUUACCAUGUGGUUUGGAGAAAGCGAGGCCAACGUUCGCGAGUUGUUUGACAAGGCGCGACAAUCGGCUCCUUGUGUCCUCUUCUUCGAUGAAUUGGAUUCAAUCGCGGUUCAGAGAGGAAGUAGUAGUGGAGGCGACGCAGGAGGAGCUGCUGAUAGAGUGUUGAAUCAACUCCUGACGGAAAUGGAUGGAAUGAACGCCAAGAAAACUGUUUUCAUCAUCGGAGCUACCAACAGGCCUGACAUCAUUGAUCCAGCCCUGUUGAGGCCUGGCCGGCUGGAUCAACUGAUUUACAUCCCUCUCCCUGAUGAGGGUUCGCGUUAUCAGAUCUUCAAGUCUUGUCUCAGGAAAUCACCUGUUUCUUCUAAAGUGGACCUGAGAGCUCUAGCCAAGUUUACUGAAGGCUUCAGCGGAGCAGACAUCACCGAGAUAUGCCAGCGCGCAUGCAAGUACGCUAUCAGGGAGGACAUCGAGAAAGAUAUCGAGAAGGAGAGGAUGGGUAGCGAUAGUCAUCCUCAGGCUUCGGAGAUGGAUGAUGGAGUUUCUGCAAUCAAGCCUUCUCACUUCGAGGAAUCGAUGAAGUUUGCUCGUAGAAGCGUCAGUGACAGGGAUAUAAUCAAAUAUCAGGCAUUUGCUCAAGGGUUGCAUCAGUCCAGAGGAUUUGGUACUGAAUUCAGAUUCCCCGAGGCUUAUACUGAUGCUAUAGCAGGAUCUGAACCUUUAGCAAGGUCUGAUGACGAUUUAUAUAGUUAG